CCUGACAUUAAUGACCGCGCGCACGUCUCUCCUCGCGUUAAACGACAACGGGAGCCUUCAAGCGGAUUUACGAGCGAAACCACAGUUGAUUUCUGCGUUCGCGGACGGAGCUGCGCCGGGGACAUGCAGAGACACGGAGGCGAGCGUCAGCAGCGAUAAAACGCGCAGGUGGGAUGUCGUGAAUCUGUCGGGUGACUCUGGUGCCGAUGGGAGCUGCUGCAGCAUCAUGAGCUGCCAUGAUGCCGGAGGGCGCCGGCGUUACGAGGACUCGGAGUUCACGUUGCGCGUGUAUCCCGGCGCUCUGUCCGAGGGCACCAUCUACUGCCCAGUCUCGGCGCGGAAGGUGACGUCGGCGGCGGAGGUCAUCGAGCGCGUCAUCGAGCGGCUGCAGCUGGACCGUGCGCGCCUCUACGUGCUUGCUGAGGUCAAGGAGUUCGGCGGCGAAGAAUGGAUCCUGAACCCCUGCGACUGUCCCGUGCAGCGCAUGAUGCUGUGGCCGCGCAUGGCGCUGGAGAACCGGCUGGCUGGAGAGGAUUACCGCUUUCUGCUGCGCGAGAAGGAUCUGGACGGAUCCAUCUGCUACGGAAACCUGCAGAUGUGGCUUCGUGUAACUGAGGAGCGGCGACGGAUGGUGGAGCGCGGACUCCUCCCGCAGCCUCCGUACGUCGACGAUCUCUGCGCGCUGCCCGAUCUAAACGAGCGGACUUUGCUGGAGAACUUGCGCGGACGCUUUCGCCAGGAGAAAAUUUACACGUACGUCGGCGGGAUCCUGAUCGUCGUCAACCCCUUCAAGUUCCUGCCCAUCUAUAACCCCAAAUACGUUAAGAUGUACGAUAAGCAGCGGCUGGGGAAGCUGGAGCCGCACAUUUACGCGGUGGCUGACGUGGCGUAUCACGCCAUGCUGCAGAGGAGGAGGAACCAGUGCAUCGUGAUCUCGGGAGAGAGCGGAUCAGGAAAGACGCAGAGCACCAACUUCCUCAUCCACCACCUGACGGCACUCAGCCAGAAGGGCUUCGCCAGCGGCGUGGAGCAGAUCAUCCUCGGGGCCGGACCUGUGCUGGAGGCUUUUGGAAAUGCCAAAACGGCCCAUAACAAUAAUUCCAGCCGCUUUGGCAAGUUUAUUCAAGUCAACUAUCAGGAGAGCGGGACUGUGAGAGGAGAGAGACAGAUGAGCAUGUCUGCAGCUCUUAACUGUCUGUCUGCCUUCCAGAUAACAAAGAAAGUCCACAGACAGCACUGGGGAAAUUACUGUGAGACCGAGCUGGACUGUUUCACGGUGGAAGGGGAAGAUCUGAAGCAUGACUUUGAGCGACUCCAGCUGGCCAUGGAGAUGGUGGGCUUCCUGCCGACCACCAGAAAACAGAUCUUUUCUUUACUGUCUGCGAUUCUUCUCCUGGGAAAUAUCCGUUACAAGAAGAAGACGUACAGAGACGACUCCAUCGAUAUCUGCAACCCAGAGGUGCUUCCUAUCAUCUCUGAACUGCUGGAGGUGAAGGAGGAGAUGCUUUUCGAGGCUCUGACCACACGAAAGACGGUGACGGUGGGCGAGAGGUUGAUCGUGCCGUACAAACUGGCCGAGGCCGGGACGGUGAGGGACUCGAUGGCCAAAUCUCUGUACGGCGCUCUGUUCGACUGGAUCGUCUUCCGCACAAACCACGCACUGCUCUACAACAAAGACCUGGAGGAUUCAGACAAGAUCCUGUCCAUCGGUGUGCUGGACAUCUUCGGCUUUGAGGACUACGAGAACAACAGCUUCGAGCAGUUCUGCAUCAACUUCGCCAACGAGACGCUACAGCAUUACUUCAACCAGCACGUCUUCAAGCUGGAGCAGGAGGAGUAUCGCUCGGAGGGCAUCAGCUGGCACAUGAUCGACUACAUCGACAACACGGCCUGCAUCAACCUCAUCAGCAAGAAACCCACCGCGCUGCUGCACCUGCUGGACGAGGAGUGCAAUUUUCCGCAGGCGUCUAAUCAGACUCUGCUGGAUAAGUUUAAGCGGCAGCACGAGGGAAACGGCUACAUCGAGUUCCCAGCCGUCAUGGAGCCGGCGUUCAUCAUCCGACACUACGCCGGGAAAGUCAAAUACAGCGUCAAGGACUUCAGGGAGAAGAACACGGAUCACAUGCGUCCGGAUAUCGUGGCUCUGCUGAAGAGCAGCCGAAAUGCUUUCAUCUGCGGCCUGAUGGGAAUCGAUCCGGUGGCCACCUUCCGCUGGGCCGUGGUCCGCGCCUAUUUCCGAGCGCUCGUCGCCUUCAGAGAAGCCGGGAAACGGCACAAGGAGAAGACGACGACGACGAGCGGCUCUGACGGUCCGGUUCAGAAUCAGAAAAGUGUGGACAGCUUCAGUUUCCUGCAUCAUCCUGUUCACCAGCGGAGCCUUGAGAUCCUGCAGCGAUGCAAAGAUGACAAAUACAAUUCCAGCAUCAGCCGGAGGAGUCCACGCACUCCACUAUCAGACCUGCAGGGAACAAACACGCGCCGCGAGAACAUGAGCAGGUACAAACCCCUCAAACAUGUGUUCCUGCGGGAGCGUCUGCGGCAGCGUCUGCAGGAGCAGCUUCAUCAGGAGGUGCUGAGGAGGAUCGUGUGUCUGCAGAGGAGCUUCAGGACACAGCAAGAGAGGAGACGCUUCUGCAGACAGAGACAAGCCGCUCAACUCAUACAGCGCUGGUGGAGGGCCUGUCUGACUCGUGCUGACGCGGAGCUCCAGCAGGGGGCGGCGCUGCGUCUGCAGGCGGCCUGGAGAGGCUUCAGAGAGCGCCUCUGUGCUCGCUGGUGGAGGGCCUGUCUGACUCGUGCUGACGCGGAGCUCCAGCAGGGGGCGGCGCUGCGUCUGCAGGCGGCCUGGAGAGGCUUCAGAGAGCGCCGGCUGUUCCUGCGGCGGAGGAGAGCGGCGCUGAUCAUCCAGACGCGCUGGAGGAGAGUCCUGCAGAUGCAACACUCGGCCGCGCGCCUCAUACAGUCUGUCUGGAGGAGCCUCAGACAGAGACACAGCUUCCUGCAGCAGCGCCGUGCCGCCGUCACGCUACAGGCCGCCUGCAGGGGGCAGCGCGAGCGCCACAGGUCAGUCAACACCUACACCAAUGCCUUUGCCAGAUUCCUGUACACAGCCAGAGAUUGGGAAGGGAUCCAUAGAAGAGGAACAACUAACACUACCAGCACUGCCCAUGAGACGGGGUCAGCUCCAAUGGCAGAGCAGACCAAACGGGAUGCCAGGCCAUGCAUCUACCUCACCUCGCUCAUCGAGCUCUGCCUCAGUGAGCACUCGCCGGUCGAGGUUCUCUGUUCCUUCCUUGCCAUGUGCUGGUUCUGGCCAGACUGUGUCAAGGAAGGCAAGGAUGUCUUCCUUAACUCGACUCUUCUCACUCUACAUCGGCUGCUUCAGAACAAGCUGUCCCGAAUGCUGGAGGAUAUUGCUGCCUGCAUGGCCUGCCAGAAUGGUGCAGAAGGAUCGGUUUUCAUGACGUACAAGACCCAUAAUCCUUCUGCCUCCCACAGUCCCUCUCCGGUGACCUUAGAGAAGUGCCGCAUUCUUCGAGAGCAGCGACGUGGAGAGAAAAGCCUCUGUGAAAACACUGUGAGCAAAAGUUUACACGCCCAACAAAACCCACCCGAAGUCCAAGAGGAGAGAGGAGAACCUCUCAGAAGCGUAGACGGCAGUACGCUGAAGAGCCGCUCCAAACGCCAAAGCAGGAGGCAGCGGGAGCUCCAGCAAGCCACCUUCAGUUUAGAGCUGCUCAAAGUGCGCUCCGCUUCAGUGGACGACGCGCUUCCCGCUCCGAGCCCUCUCUCCAGACACCUUCCCUCGGAGAGCCAGGGAAGCUUCGAGCUCCUCGGCUGUCCCGAACCCGAGCCGAUGGAGGAGAACCAGAGCAGUCUGGCCUCCUUCAAACCUCACUUCUACAUCGCAGAUGAGGACAGCAGCCCGCUCAAGCAAGCUCGGGAGAAAAAGGAGUCCGUUGUGGUCAUAAUCCGCAUGCAGAAGGAGAUCCCUGUGGACCAAAGCAGCCUGGAAGCUCUGCAGAAACACGAGACGAUGGACGCUGAGGAGAUUGGCUCGUCUUCUCCAGAUCCUCAAACCAUCGCGGCUUGUUCUUCCAAACCCCUCCAGCUGGACUCGAGGGACUCGGUUCGAGAAGUGGCUUCAGAGCCCAAGAAGGAGGUUCAGAAGAAGCUCGUAGCUCAGAGCAUCAGCAUCAGUAUGAAGGAGAAAGCCUUCUCUCCCAAACGCAGCCGACUGACCUUCUCCAAUUUUGACGUCAGUGUGCUCGAUCAGGUGAUCAGAGCGGCUCGUGUAAAGAGAGCGUGCAUGCGCGGGACUCGCUCUGAUCACCUGAGCCGUGCUCCGCAGCUCCACUCUGACGAAGACGAGGCCAGAGCCGUCCCCGGCGCCCCUGAGACGAAAGAGCAGAAGAGGAUCCAGAAGACCAUGUCGUCGGGGGAUCUUGGGAAAAUGGAUUCGCUCAGGAAGUCGAUCGCGCAAACCGACGGCAGGGUCAGAGGCAAAAUGCGGUUCUGGAGUAAGAGCAAACAUGGAGAUAAAAAGAUGUCCACCAGGGAGCGCUCCGCAGAUUCAGAGCUCAACGACAGGAGCGAUCUAGAAGCUGAAGACAGUCAGAAGGACACACCUGUGGAUGUGGUUUUCAAGAAGGCUCUGAAAGAGUUCCGCCUCAACAUCUUCAACUCGUACUCUACUGCUCUGGCCAUGGAUGAUGGCCGGAGCAUUCGUUACAAAGAUCUCUACGCUCUGUUCGAACACAUCUUAGAGAAGAACAUGCGUCUGGAGCAGAGAGACUGGAGCGAGUCGCCGGUUAAAGUCUGGGUCAACACCUUCAAAGUCUUCCUCGAUGAGUUCAUGACGGAAUACAAGCCAAUGAAUGGAACCAUCACUAAGGCUCCUAAACCUGAGAGGAAGAAGAGGAGGAAAAAGGAAUCCGACACCGUGGAAGAGCACAUGGGUCACAUCUUUAAAUCCACUCAGUACAGCAUCCCGACCUACUGCGAGUUCUGUUCGUCUCUCAUCUGGAUAAUGGACAAAGCGUGUGUCUGCAAACUCUGUCGCUAUGCAUGUCACAGGAAGUGCUGUCUGAGGAUGACCACCACAUGCAGUAAGAAGUUUGACCCCGAGCUGUCUUCACGGCAGUUUGGAGUGGAGUUGUCUCGUUUAACGAGCGAUGAGAGAGCCGUCCCCCUGGUGGUGGAGAAGCUGAUCAACUACAUCGAGAUGCACGGCCUGUACACCGAGGGCAUCUACAGGAAGUCUGGAUCCACCAAUAAAAUCAAAGAACUCAAGCAGGGGCUGGACACCGAUGCGAACAGCGUGAAUUUAGACGACUACAACAUCCAUGUGAUUGCCAGUGUGCUGAAGCAGUGGCUGCGUGACCUUCCCAACCCCCUCAUGACCUUUGAACUCUACGAGGAGUUUCUCAGGGCUAUGGGUCUGCAGGAUAAAGGUGAGGUGGUUCAGGGGGUUUAUUCGGUCAUCGAUCAGCUCAGCCGAACUCACCUGAGCACACUGGAGAGACUCAUAUUCCACCUGGUCCGGAUCUCAUUCCAGGAGGAGACGAACCGCAUGUCUGCAAACGCACUGGCCAUCGUGUUUGCACCCUGCAUACUGCGCUGUCCCGACACCACCGACCCGUUACAGAGCGUCCGGGACAUCGGCAAGACCACCGCGUGUGUGGAGCUGAUCAUCUGCGAGCAGAUGAGGAAAUAUAAAGCCCGUCUGAAGGACAUCAACACACUGGAGUUUGCCGAGAACAAAGCCAAGAGUCGGCUGACGCACAUCCGGAGAUCUCUGGGUAAGGCGCGUUUACGCAAAAGCGGCCGCCACACGCCCUCGCCGCCCUUAAGCCCUCGGGCCGAGAGGGAGGAGCCAGGUGAGGAGGGGGCGGAGCCUGGGCUGAGUGAGCAGCAGCAAGCAGCCAUGCAGCAGGAGGAGAACGUUUUGACUCAGCAGAUAGAAAACCUGCAGAAAGAGAAGGAAGAACUGACCUAUGAGAUGCUGGCUUUGGAUCCCAGAGCGUCCGAUGACGAGAUGCUGGAGUCGGAAGCGUCUAUCGGAACGGCAGACAGCUCGGAAAACCUCAUGGAGUCGGAGGGUGCCGCGUCCGAUCAAUGGGAAAAAAGCCCUGGCGCGUCGUCGGCGACACGCUGGAGGAAGUCCGAGUCCAAAAGCAGACGCGGUUUACGCCGUCAGCCUGAAUCUCUGGACUCGGUGGACUCCGUGUCGUCCACGCCUCACUACCGCUUUCGCUCGUCCUCUUCCGGGCCGCUAUUUUCGGCCGCCUCUCCCGGGGACUUGCACAUUCUCCCUGACCAGGAGGGCUCCGAACAGGCUUCCCUGACCACCCGAUGUGCCUCCAGCUCCGAGAAAACCCAUCCCCGGCCCAGAGGGAACCGAAGCUGCCCGCCAAAGCCCCGCGAGCCAGGAGAAGGCGGCAGCGGCGGCCGGAGAAGAGAGCAUGACUUCAGUUCUUCUCAGCCUUUGGUGCUGUAUGGGAGUAAUGAAUUUAUGGUGUGACGACGAUGGCGUCCAACAUUAGCCGGAGCCGGUAAAGCAGAAACACCAAUGGACGUCCGGAUAACAUUUGAAGUGAAAGAGAAAACACUUGGAAAUCAGCCUUCAAUUGGAAAUCUCGCCCUUCCAGUGAACAAAAUGUAAGGAAGGUGCUAAACAUGAUGCUGGUGAACGACCUACUGACUGUAACGGACCUGCUGGACCGGUCUGUUUUCACAACAAGUAUAGCUGAACAGGGAAAGAGCGAUUUUUAAUCAACGCGCAAUGUCCAUUUUCAUGUUUACAGAACUGAGCCAAUGAGAAGUCAAGAGACUUCAACUGACUGCAUGCCGUAUUGCUACCAUAUUGUUUUCACUCUAUGAUUAAAACCUUUGAUAAAGUGCUAAAUAUGUAAAAUAAUAUUAUAUUAUGGACAAGGGUCGAACGAAUCGUGUAAAUAGCUGAAAUACCUGUGCUGCUGGUUGAACCAUGUGAAAAUAACGUCUUUUUGUGUCGCAGAUUGAAAACCAGAGCGUGUGAAUCUGGUGUCUGUAUGUUGUUUCUUAUGGAUCUGACAAAAACGCACAUGAUUUAGGGUUUUUCAUCCCAUUUUUGCAUAAUGCAAACAAUCUUGGUUUUCUUUAUGCAAAAUCGGUUUGAUUGUGGAGUGAAAUCUGACCCGGGCAUGAGCUUUAACCCACGUUUUUUGGUUCCAAGAACACGUUUUUCAUUCAGAUGAAAAAGCAAAAGGAUGAUAAGGGAUGAAAAGUUAGACGUGUUUGUUUGUCUCAUGAUUAUUUGAUGUAAUUUUACUCGCCAUCCUUUUUUUUCUCAUCAGUGUUAUGUGCAACCGAAUCAGGACUUGAAAAUAUAUUUAGUUUUUUUGGUAAAUUGCUUUUUUAAAGUAUAUUGUGUGUUACACAUGCUGAUAUUUUAUUGUGAAUUUCAAGUAUAUGAAUAUGUUUGGUGUUCCAUUGUGCCAUCUGGAGUCACAUGCUUAGUUGGCCAUAACAUCCUUUCUGUUUAAAAAAUUUAAUUUAGGGCUAAUUUAUCACGAACAUCCUCUGCUGUGCAUUUUUACCCUUUAAACUGUCAUUAGUAGAUUAACAUGCAAAUUCACAGCAGUAAAGUUCAUAGAAAAACAAGGACACGUAACGGCAAAAAGCUCAAAGCUUAACUAUAUAGUACAUUUAUGGACUCCACAUUGCUGUAUAUGUGCAGGGAAUGUGUCUCCAGAAGCUGUUUACUCUUUUCGAUGUGCUGUUACAGAUAUCUAUGUCAUAUCAGUCAUAGCCUAUUGCAAGAAACCAUCACCAUGGUGCAAUAUCACAAGAGACAUUAAGCUAUGUUUUAUGUUCUGAUAAGUAUGCUUGGGUACUGUCCUGAACUUUAAGUCACUCAAAAUGCUCAAAAACAGGCGGUAAGAAGGAAACUGUUGUUUGUUGCGUCCUGCAUAAGUGAAUGUAAUCACUGUAGCAUGCCACACUAUUGUCAAAGUUUCUCUUUUACAGCUACUGUAUUUAAGACCACGUCUGAAGCCGGAAACAUACUCAAAGCGCAAACCCCGAAUGCAGUCCCUAACAUAUUUAACAUGUAUUAAGGUGCGGUCACAAAUGUCAAGAGUUUUGUGUGAAAAAGGUGUGUUAUCCAUUCCUACUGGAUUGCUAUUGGGAUGACUGGAUUGGAUUUGGAUGCAAGAGUAAAUGUCACUGCACCGUUUUACUGUGGCUUCAUAACUCAUUGGGUUAUGGAGGCCAAAAAAAAUUUUCAAAUUUUCAGUCAAAUUGAAAAGUUGAAAUUUGCUUGUCAUAAUUAUGACAUACUAAGUUGUAAAUAUGACUUUAAACGUUGAAAUUCACAAAAAAGUUGAAUUAUGACAUGCUGUACUAAGUCAUAAUUAUAAAAUAAAAGCCGAAAUUGAGUCGCAAUUAUGACGUACCAAGUCAUAAUCAUGAUUUUAAACGUUCAAAAAGUUCAAAAUUAGGACUUUGAAAAUGAAGUUAUGACAUACUGUACUAAGUCAUAAUUAUGAGAUAAAAGUUGAACUUGUGGCUUUAAAAGUUGAAAUUGAUAAUAAGUCGAAAGCUGACAUUGACAUACUAAAUUGGAAUUAUAACAAGUCAGAAUUGAGAUAUAAAGGCAAAAAAGGAUUUACAAAUUUUUUUAAAUCUCAUAAUUGACUUAGUAUGUAAAUUUGGACUUUUAAUGUAAUAAAUUCAACUUAUCUCAUAACUAUGCCUUUUUAUGUCGUAAUAUCGACUUGGUUUAUGAUCAUUUUGACUUUUAAAGUCAUAAUUAUGUCUAACUAUGUAAUAAUUAAGACUUCUUACAUGGCGUAAAUGGGCUUCAAUAAUCGGAUGAGUUGCUGUCAGUUGUUUAGCUUGUUAAACCGGAUUUAGGUAGCUAGCAAUAAACAUGUUAACAUUACCUUAAUUCUCUUCAAAAACAAAACAAACUGACCGUGAUGUUAAUGAGCUUUAAGCAGGCUCUUCAGAAAGCAAAGACUCGUGAUCCUGCGUCGAUUAAAGUUGUGCAGAGGAUGUUUUUUGGCAUAAGACUGUUGUGUUUCUAAAAACAAGGGAUGUAAUAUCUUGCAUAUGACGAUUAUGUCCCGUUGAAUGAUCCUGCUCUGUGUGUUUUGAUGGACUGACAGUCUCUACAAACAGAUUUGUGCUUUCGGAGUUUGUGUUUGUGCUCUUGUGAGCGCAGUUGUAAACGGUGCAAUUUGUGUAAUAUUUCUUUUAUGUGUAAAUGUAAGGAUGUAAAAAAAAAAAAAAAAAUAACAUAAUCAUUGUCUUAUUAAAA